GCUCCUCCGCAGGCGGAGCCUCCUUCCCCCGCCCCCUCCGUCUCGCUCCCUUGUUCUCGCCGGGGCCGCUCAGACCUGCAGCGGAGCCGCGGCGCCCGCUCGGAUCCGCUCGGGGCUGCGCCCCCGGGACCCGGCGGCGGGGGCGGGGGGAAGCUCCCCGCCGGCCUGGGCUCCACAGCACUGCCAGGUGUGGAUCCAUGGGAUAGCCCCAGCACCUCCACCCUUCCACCCCGGCCGGCUCAUGCCUCAGUACCCAGACACAGUGAACAGAGCCCUGGCUGGAGCCCAAACAUGUGGGGCCUGGUGAGGCUCCUGCUGGCCUGGCUGGGUGGCUGGGGCUGCAUGGGGCGCUUGGCCGCCCCAGCCCAGGCCUGGGCAGGGUCCCGCGGGGGCCCAGGACCAGUGCUGCUGCGGAACCGGAGGAGCUGGGUGUGGAACCAGUUCUUUGUCAUUGAGGAAUAUGCCGGUCCAGAGCCCGUCCUCAUUGGUAAGCUGCACUCGGAUGUGGACAGGGGCGAGGGCCGCACCAAGUACCUGCUGACCGGGGAGGGGGCAGGCACUGUAUUUGUGAUUGAUGAGGCCACAGGCAAUAUCCAUGUCACCAAGAGCCUGGACCGGGAGGAGAAGGCACAGUACGUUCUGCUUGCCCAAGCCGUGGACCGAGCCUCAAACCGGCCUCUGGAGCCCCCGUCAGAGUUCAUCAUCAAGGUGCAAGACAUUAAUGACAAUCCACCUAUCUUUCCCCUCGGGCCCUACCACGCCACGGUGCCCGAGAUGUCCAAUGUCGGGACAUCAGUGAUCCAGGUGACUGCUCACGAUGCCGAUGACCCCAGCUACGGGAACAGCGCCAAGCUGGUGUACACCGUGCUGGAUGGACUGCCCUUCUUCUCUGUGGACCCCCAGACGGGAGUGGUGCGCACUGCUGUCCCCAACAUGGACCGGGAGACCCAGGAGGAGUUCUUGGUGGUGAUUCAGGCCAAGGACAUGGGCGGCCACAUGGGGGGGCUGUCGGGCAGCACUACAGUGACAGUCACACUCAGCGACGUCAACGACAACCCUCCCAAGUUCCCUCAGAGCCUCUACCAGUUCUCUGUGGUGGAGACAGCGGGGCCAGGCACCCUGGUGGGCCGGCUGCGGGCCCAGGACCCAGACCUGGGGGACAAUGCCCUCAUGGCAUAUAGCAUCCUGGACGGAGAGGGGUCUGAAGCCUUCAGCAUCAGCACAGACUCCCAGGGUCGAGAUGGGCUCCUCGCUGUCCGCAAGCCCCUAGACUUCGAGACCCGUCGCUCCUAUUCCUUCCGUGUGGAGGCCACCAACACCCUCAUCGACCCAGCCUACCUGCGGCGAGGGCCCUUCAAGGAUGUGGCCUCCGUGCGUGUGGCUGUGCAGGACGCCCCAGAGCCACCUGCCUUCACCCAGGCUGCCUAUCACCUGGCAGUGCCUGAGAACAAAGCUCCUGGGACGCUGGUAGGCCAGGUCUCAGCGGCCGAUCUGGAUUCCCCAGCCAGCCCAAUCAGAUACUCCAUCCUCCCCCACUCGGACCCAGAGCGCUGCUUCUCUAUCGAGCCGGAAGCUGGCACGCUCCGCACGGUGGUGCCCCUGGACCGCGAGGCUCGAGUCUGGCACAACCUCACAGUGUUGGCCACAGAGCUCGACAGCUCCACACAGGUCUCCCGUGUGCAAGUGGCCAUCCAGAUCCUGGAUGAGAAUGACAACGCUCCCCAGCUGGCUGAGCCCUAUGACACCUUCGUAUGUGAUUCUGCAGCCCCUGGCCAGCUGAUUCAGAUCAUCCGGGCCCUGGACAGAGAUGAAGUGGGCAACAGUAGCCGAGUCUCCCUUCAGGGUCCUCUGGGCCCCGAUGCCAACUUCACUGUCCGCGACAACCAAGAUGGCUCUGCCAGCCUGCUGCUGCCCUCUCGCCCUGCUCCACCCCGCCAGGCACCCUAUCUGAUUCCCAUAGAACUGUGGGACUGGGGGCAGCCGGCCCUGAGCAGCACUGCCACAGUGACUAUCAGCGUGUGCCGCUGCCGACCUGAUGGCUCUGUGGCCUCCUGCCGGCCCGAGGCUCAGCUCUCACCCACAGGGCUCAGCACUGGGGCCCUGCUUGCCAUCGUCACCUGCGUGGGCACCCUGCUUGCCCUGGUAGUGCUCUUUGCGGCCCUGCGGAGGCAGAAGCAGGAGGCGCUGAUGGUGCUGGAGGAGGAGGACGUCCGCGAGAACAUCAUCACCUAUGAUGACGAGGGCGGUGGCGAGGAGGACACGGAGGCCUUCGACAUCAGCGCCCUGCAGAACCCCGAUGGGGCGGCCCCGCCGAACCCCGGGCCGCCAGCACGCCGCGACGUCCUGCCCCGGGCCCGGGCACCCCGCCAGCCCAGGCCCCCGGGGCCCGCCGAUGUGGCCCAGCUCCUGGCACUGAGGCUCCGUGAGGCGGACGACGACCCCAGCGUGCCACCCUACGACUCGGUGCAGGUGUAUGGCUACGAGGGGCGCGGCUCCUCCUGCGGCUCCCUCAGCUCCCUGGGCUCCUGCAGCGAGGCCGGGGGCGCCCUGGGCCCUGCUGAGCCGCUGGAUGACUGGGGGCCGCUCUUCCGCACCCUGGCCGAGCUGUACGGGGCCAAGGAGCCCCCGGCCCCCUGAGAGCCGCCCCGGCCCUGCCUGCCGCGUGGUGGGGCAGCCCGCACAGGCCCUCUGAGUGAGCCCCCGGUCCACCCCAGGGCCCAGGCAGGCGGCAGCAGCCCGCGGGAGAGCCCCCCAGGCCUCCUCUGGCCUGUGUCCCUCCUCCCAGCUUCCCCAGGGCAACCUCCUUCUUACCUCCCUCCUCCUGAGUGGUCUGUUUGUCUCCCUCCAGGAUCUGUCUCUCUCUGUAGCACUCUCCUGUCUAGGUCUGGAUUGUGUGGCUCGACUCUGAAUCUCUCUGUUCUUUCACUGUGAUUCCACUCUCUCCGUGACUCUGUGUUCGUCUGCCGGAUUCUAAAUCUCUCACACACCUUCUCUCUGUCUCCCUUGCCCACACACAUGCUCUGUGUCUGUCUUCUGCCCACAUCUGCCUGCAUUCUCUCCGGGUCCCUAUGACUGGCUUUUUCAGUUUUUUUCUGUUGUCCAUCCCAAAAGCAAGAGAAACUUCCAGCCACUGCUGCCCACCCUCCUGCGGGGGGAUGUUCGGCCCCAGACCUGCCCGCAUGGUUCCAUCCAUCACUCAUGGCCUCAUCCUGGCUCCACUGGCCUCCAGCAGAGAGAGGAUGCCAGCCCACCUCCCAGGGCCAGAGCUCCAGCCCCCCACAUGGCCGCCUCCCUGGAGCUCUGCCCUGCUGUUGGCCUGCCCUGGGCAUCCCAGCUCUGGGCAUUGUCUUGUGUGCUUCCCAGACCCCAGGGGGAGGGGUGGGAAAGGAAAGGGAGAGGCAGCUGGGGAAGGGGAAAAAAAGGGAGGAAGGGGAGGGGCCUCCAUCUCUAAUUUCAUAAUAAACAAACACUUUAUUUUCUAAAGCUGGAGCCCUAUUUCCAAUUCUGCAUGCAGGUUUCUGUACAGAGCUUCACUGGAGCUUCACUGUGCUGAAGGGCGGGAGGAGAGGCCCAACCCAACCCCUCUGGCUCCCUUCUUCUUAGAGGGGCAGUCCAUUCAUGUCCCUCUCCAUUCAGGGAGUUGUUGGUACCCCCACUGCCAACUCUCCUAUCCCUUAUUGAUCUCAAAAUCAAUAGGGGACUGGGGAAGCUAGCUAUCCAGGGGGCAAGGGACCCAAUCAAAGUCAGCUGGGGUGGGAGCUGAGCAGAGGGCCAUCAUUUCUCAGUGUACACUCCCUGAGCAGAGAAGGGAGGUCCUAAUUCCAGGCAGGGCUCCCAGUGAUACAAGGAGGUAGGUCAGGACAGGUCCUCAUGACCCUCCCCCUUCCAGUGUAGGGUGCUGCCACUCCGGGGAAGCUACUCCAGUGGGAAGAGGCCUUCUCUCACACUUUCCAUGCCUGUUUGGUUAGGGCAACCAGAUAGCAGGAGAACAGGACCCCUGCCCUAGGGCUGGAUUGGCAUUUACUGUUUAGAGUGGAACUGGACCCCUGACUGGCCAAAGGCCUGUGCAAGAGCAGACCAGCUGUCCCUGGUGAAGGAGCCGAUUAGAAGGCAACACCCCAGGCAUGGUGUCAGAAGGACAGGGUUUUCCAGUUCAGGGCAGGAUGGGCAAACUCUCUGCCCCUUUGGCCUCACCCCAACAUCUGCAUCAAGCCUUUGGGAAUAAGUGGAGAAAAGGGAGAGACUCACCCAUGGGUUGCUCCCAGGUGGCGAGGCAUGCAGGGGCAUGGGAUGCUGCCCUCACCUUCUCUCCCCACCUCCCUACCAGCUUUCCUGAGGUCUGCCCCGACUCUGACUCCAUUAAACUUGGAGGGACAACAGGGCCCAUCAGCAAGAGCCCUGGGCUUAUCUCUGGUCUCAAAUACUUCAUCAUCUUGAAGGAUAGUAUCAAAGGGAGUGGAGGGGGGCAGGACCUUGGAAGGAAAGGAGAGGGAGAGGAGGGGCACGCAGACAGGAGAAGGAGGAGCUCCCUUCCUAUUCUGCCCUCGCUGUGGGUUCAGUCCACCCCACCCCACCCCACCCUGGUUAUGGGGAGGUGCAGGGCACAGAGCAUCCCUGGGGAGUUAGCUGCAGGCAGUUCCAGAGCCUUUGACAGGGCUCAGGUGGCAACCCCAGGCACAUACCACUUUUCCUCUUUCCUAGUGCUUUAGGAUAGGAAUGGGAAGAUGCAGCCAUGGGGAAUGAACAGGAUGAGCUCUGCCCCCAGUUCGUCUCUGCUUUGGACCAUUUCUCCAAAAUAAGUGACAAGGCCCAGCUUUCUCUCGGAUCAGAGCCUGGCUGCUCUCCUUAUCCAGGUGUUACUCUUUCUCUCCCAGUCUGUUUCCUGUCUCCUCCCUGGACACCUACCACAUCUGGGUGCACACAGAGCUACGGGGUCACUCACUGCCACCAGGACACAGACCCUCAUACAACUCUGUGCUUAGGGAGGGGCAGGAAGGAAAGGCUGGAAAGGCGGCAAAAGGGAAGAAAGGAAGAAGAGGAAAGAGGAAAAGAAGUCUGGCAGCCACAGUGACAAGCCUGAAGACCUGAACUGAGCUCCCUCAGGCUGUGGCCUUGGCUCCAGGCCCUGGUGGUAGUGGGGGCCGGCAGCCUGCGGCCCUGGGGCCCUCGGGCUCCUCACCCCAGUCACUCAGCAGGGUUUGGCCUGGCUGUUUUCUCCCCCAGCUCACUCCCAGGUGCCUGCAGAGCCCUGGGCAGAGAAGGCAGGCGAGAAAGAGGAUGGAGAAGGCCAGGCUGUGCUAAAGGAGCGCAGCUCUGGAGAGGAAGGCCGAGCUCUAAGCCUCAUCUCUGCCACUUACUGUGCGACCCCAGGCAAGUCACAUAAGCCUUUGGACCUGUUUCCUCCUGGGUAAAGCAAGGAUCAUUUUUACCUCAGAGUUCUCGUGAGAAGGGCAUUCUGAAGGAGCUGGGGUUGUAGUCAUUAGAGUCCCCUGAGGGCAGGGGGGAGGCCGAGGGAAGAGCAGCCCGGAGAAGCCCCUUGCCAC